AACAGGUACACGGCUGGGCGGCUAUCAUGGCCAAUGCAUCCAUGCGAGCCGCUGCAGCGCAGUAUAUCAACCCGGCGCCGCAGCUUUCUCACAAGACGAUAGUCGUUCGGCUCUAUCGCAAGAGCCUGAAGACUUUAAAUUCUUGGGCUAUCGACCGGGAAGUUUUCCUCUCCGAGGCCGGCAAACUCCGAGCCUCCUUUUCGGCCAAUGCACACUUGGCACCCGAGUCAGGGAAAGUGAAGGCGUUGGUCCGAAAGGCCCACGAAGAGCUUUUGCGUUACUCCCACCCCGACAAAUACAUCCUUCCCUGGAUGCCAGGCGGGACUCUCUUCAUGCGGAACCCCCCCUUGCCCUUCGACGUGGUGUUUGCCGGUCACGUCCCUGAGGACGUGAAGGAGGAGCCGUUGAACAUCGACAUGACCCCCGUCGUGAAGGGAGAGAAGGGCGACGGUCGUGUUCUGGUGGACAGCGCCAACAAGGCGUAUUUCUGAAAGGGAGGCGAGGGGGGAGGAAAGGGACAUGUGUAUCUAGGUAGGGCGGGGGAGCAUGAUUUGAGUAUCUGCAAAGGAGCGAGAAUGGAAAAGGCAUGGAGGCCAGCGAUGCCAUUCCAAGGGAAAGAAACACCCAUCAAAUGGCAGAAAAGGAGGCACGCUCGCUGGCACUUUUCAGGGGUCUUGAAAAUAGUCUUUCUGGCAACGCCGACGGGGAAGGGAGUGGCGGUAGAGCCAAGAAAAGUGGGAAGAGGAGCAUGUGUACAAGCGCACAUGAGCCUUGUCGCCCAGCGUGUUGGUCUCGCCUUCGUUUUUUUCUGUUUUUUAGCGGGGCUCUUUGAUGAAGGAGGAGGAAGCAAGACGCCUCCCCCCCUCCCGACCGCAACCUAAGCUUAUCGUGUCCUACUCAUUGAUUCAUUAACGCUAAUUCACUGUUUUGAUGCCAUAGACCUCGCAUUCCUAUUUAUGUUCAUGCAACGUGCUGUCCAUUUCAUUGAUUUUUGGAAACAAUGAUUGGCGUCGUCCCACCCUUCUCGGGUCCACGCCCGCGGGACUCCGGGGUCCGACCAGACAAUGCUGCGCACGGGCCAAGCCAGAGGCCCUGCUCCCCAGAUCCUCACCUUCCCGCUCUCUCCUCCAUCCCUCGUCUGCAGCCUUGCUCCUCGCCCCCUGCCUCCCUCCCUUUUGUUGCCGUCCUACCGGGCACGUCACCCUGUGCCAAGCCUUUAAAUAGCCCAGCACUGGCAUCCUCCCUUCCCUUCUCUACUGCCUCGCAUGUGCAAUGCCCUGCUUCCUUGCUUGUCCAUCUACUUGCAAAAUCCACCCUCCUCCCUUUCUCCUCAAGCCUCCUCCUCUCCCAUCAAUUCCUCCCUCGAUCCUUCCCGCAAAGGGGGUCCGAACAGCCCUACCUCCAUCGCCGACCGUACCACCAGUUUGGAGCCUCGCUUGUACGUGUACCCAAUGAAUUCGUGGCCCUUCUCCUUGCGGCCCGCCGCCCCGCCCCC